GGGCGGGGUUGUGCGUUAUGGGGUGGCUGGGCGCUGGUAUAAAGGACUGGGUGGCUGCUGCGGUUGUGUCGGGGCACAUCCUACAUACUGUAUACUGGUUCUUUUGCAGGACUGUUGGGGAUUUGAGCCUGCCUUGGCUUGGUGAGUUGCUUGUUUAAGACUUGUGUUAUCUAGGCACACGCACUCACACUCGCACGAACACUGCCGCUACCUCCUACACCUCAGUUAUCCAUCCAUCUAUUCAGCCAUCCUGGCGCAAGCGCAAAGCACAACAAGGACGACGACCGCAAACACCAAACCACAAUAACAACAUCAACAACAACAAACACACAAACCCAAGCAAUGUCCCGCACCAAACCAUCGCUUCCCCCUCCACCACCACCGCGACAGAUACAAACACCUCAACCAAACACCCCCCACACAGCCCUAGGCCUCCUUUUCGCACUGGCACUUCACCUCGCCAUCUACGUCGCCAGCACUCCAGGCGGGAAUUUCCUGCCUGCGCCGCCGCUAUUGUGUUGGGCCGCGCAUGGGGUUGUCGUGGUUGUAGUUGUGAGGAGUUUUUGGGGGCGUGGGUGGUAAGGGAAUAAGGGGUGUGUAGGAGAAUGUUGGGAGAUGGGGAUGGGUAGAUACGAAGUUGGUUUGAAAUGAUGUAUGCAGUAUCUGGAAGUAGAGGUCCUUAAGAUUCUACUGACAUGCCCUUUGCGUUCACUGCGGAGUUAUAGCAGUAGCAAGGCUGUAGAUGCGGGUAGGUAGUAGUGUGUUUGAUUUCACUGGUUUCAGUUCGAGAAAGAAGGAGACGUUGCGCGCUUAUACUCGCUCUUUCUUACACUUUUGCAACUCCUUUGUCCAAUUUUCAUGAUAUCGAUCC